AUGAAAACAAAAUCAACGAUUCAUCUCGAUCGUUAUAAAAGUUUUUUCUUCCUUCUUUUUUUUAUAAUUGUAUUUUCGUUGUCAUUACUAACUAUAUUUCAUUUUUUGCCACUAAAAGUUUCCCAAGUCAGGAAAAAUGAGCCAGUAAUUUUAUACACCGAUUGGAAAGACCUACCAGUUCUUGCACUUAAAAAAACUUCACCUAUUGGUGAACCUAGAAAUCCAAAAUGUACUCAUUACGAUUGUUUCAACAUAUAUCGUUGUGGUCAAAGAGAUCACAUUAUUCAGGUUUAUGUCUACCCUUUAAAAACCUACAUAAAUGAAAAAGCAGAGCAUGUAGUGCCUCAGAUGUCCUUGGAAUACUACAAAAUUUUAAAGGCUAUAAUUAAUAGUAAAUAUUAUUCACCAAAUCCAGAUGAAGCUUGCAUACUAGUCCCUUCAAUUGAUACUUUGAAUCAAAACAAGCUUAAAUUAAAAGAAGUUUCACAGGUUUUAGCAUCACUUCCUCAUUGGAGAAAUGGAGAAAAUCAUUUGAUAUGGAACUUUAUUCCUGGAACAUCUCCUGAUUACAGUACAGUGGUAGAAUUAAAUGUUGGCAAAAGCAUAAUUGCUGGAGCAGGUUUUUCAUCUUGGUCAUUUAGAUAUGGUUUUGAUAUAUCACUACCCUUAUUCAGUCCUUAUGCUAAAUCUAUAAAAACAUUAAAUAAAUCUCAAGAAAAAAAAUGGUUUGUCAUUAAUUCUCAAGCUAAUUUACAUUCUGAUUAUGAAAGAGAACUCGGAGCUUUAUCUGGGGUUGUUAAACUUGAAUUAUGCGAAAAUGGAGAUCCAAGAUUCAGAUGUCACCAAGGAAUAGCAUAUAAUUAUCCAUCAGUUCUUCAGCAUGCAACUUUUUGCAUUAUAAUUAGAGGAGCAAGAUUAGCUCAGCAAGCACUUUUAGAAUCUUUGAGUGCUGGUUGCAUUCCAGUCAUAGCUGCUGACCUCAUGGUAUUACCCUUUCAAGAUGUGAUUGAUUGGAAAAGAGCCAGUAUAACAAUCUUGGAAAGUGAUUUGUCUUCUCUAAUUGAAAAACUUUCUAGUGUUUCCGAUGAUAAAAAACUUGAACUUCAACAACAAGGAACUUGGUUGUAUCAAAGAUAUUUUGAAUCCAUUGAAAAAAUUACUUUGACUACUUUAGACAUAAUAAAUCAAAGAGUUUAUCCUCAAAAUUCACUUCAUUAUGAAGAUUGGAAUAUUCCAAAACAAAUGCUUAGUUCGAAAAAUCCUUUGAAAUUGGAACUUACUGCUCCUAGAGCUCCUGGAUUUACUGCAGUCAUAUUAACUUAUGACAGAGUUGAAAGUUUAUUUUUACUCAUACAACAGCUGUCUAAAGUUCCGAGUCUUAGUAAAAUUUUAGUUAUUUGGAAUAACCAAAAAAAAGAGCCACCAGCUUCAUCUCUUUGGCCAAAAUUGAUAAUACCAAUGGAAUUAAUAAGAACAAAAGAAAAUAAAUUGUCCAAUCGUUUUUAUCCGUAUGACCAAAUAGAAACGGAAGCUGUUUUGAGUAUAGAUGAUGAUAUUGUUAUGCUUACACCUGAUGAAUUGGAAUUUGGAUAUGAAGUUUGGAGAGAGUUUCCUGAUCGAAUUGUAGGUUUUCCAUCUAGAACUCAUGUGUGGGAUAAUAAUACAGGACAAUGGAAGUAUGAAUCCGAAUGGACGAAUAAAAUAUCAAUGGUUUUAACCGGUGCAGCUUUUCAUCAUAAAUAUUGGAAUUAUUUAUACACGACCGCCAUGCCAGGUGACAUUAAGCAAUGGGUAGACAAUCACAUGAAUUGUGAAGAUAUUGCAAUGAAUUUUUUAGUUGCCAACAUCACUAGAAAAUCUCCAAUAAAGGUGACUCCGAGGAAAAAAUUUAAAUGUCCCGAAUGUACUAAUACAGAAAUGUUGUCAGCUGAUUUAACUCAUAUGGUAGAAAGGUCACAUUGCAUAAAUAAAUUUGCUGCAAUUUAUGGAAACAUGCCUUUAGUUGAUGUUGAAUUUCGAGCUGAUCCUGUUUUGUUUAAGGAUAGCUUUCCGGAAAAACUCAAAAGAUACAAAGAUAUUGGAAGUUUGUGA